AUGGCUGCUAUAAAUACCAGGCUCGUUUCUACCAUGGACGUCUUUGCAAAUUGCCAGAGUGCCCGCCAGGAGCCCAGGUCCAGGAAUAUCAGAGCCAGCCACACCCAGGAAUACCAUUGCCGCGAAUCCACCGACAAAAAGAAGGAGAACAACAAAGGCGCCCUCGUUGCCAACAUCUCUCGCGACAAGGCUCGCAAAUCCGCGCGAAAAGCAGGCCUCAAGCCCGGUAAAUCCGGCUACCCGCAACGAUUCUACAACCGCGGGGGUCUCAAAUUCGCCAAACCAUGCAACAAGAAGAAGCACGACAUCUACGAGUAUCCCAUCGUUGCAGACCAAAGGAGCGAUUAUCCAAAGGAGCAAAAGGGUGCGAACCCGGGCCGCGUCCGGGUGUAUUAUGACCAGUACUUUAAUAUCUGUGGGGUUGGGCUCAAGGCGAAUAAGGACAACUCGGGGAAUCCUCAUCUGUGCACUUAG